AUGGCCAUGGAGGGAAACGGCAGAGAACCGGAGAACACUGAUGACGCCCCGAUUCGACCCGUGUCUUCGUUACUCUCGCACUUUGAACAUCUGUCUCACAGCAGGUCCCAAUCUACUGUACCGACCAGCCCGCACGAAUCCGCCAACCGCCUGCGCACCCCCGAGCCCGGCGAUGAACCCCGGUCUUCUUCCGCUCGUACCUCGCUAGACCUGCCCCGGUCACGUUCUCCGUGGAAUCAAGCAGCGGAGACCAAUCGAGACAGUCGUCUUGAACAGAGCAAUGGCCAGCAGAUACGGGCCAGUGGCUCACCCAGGAGCCGACCUGGCCGGCCCAUGUUGAUGAACCUGCAGAGCUCGCCGCCGCAACUCACACCGACACUGGCCAUUCACUCGCCGAAAUCACCACCCAGGAGUCAAGAGCGGGAGAAGAAGGGGGACAAUCGGUUCUCUCGAAGCCUCUCUCAUCGUCCCCGGGCGUCCUUGUCGACAGGCGUCUCUCCAGCACCUCUGCAUCGGCCGACGACGCCUCAAUUGGGGUCUUCUGUUCCGGUGGGUACAACCGGGCCCCGGCUUUCACCUGGGGCAUCUACUGUCAAUGGAGAUGGUAUGCCCACGGAUCGGAAAUCGAAGAGUGCCUCGCUGCCGCCGCCAGUCAACAGAGUAGACAAACCAAAGAUUCCUGCGAAGCCAGCCAUGUUGUCCCACCACGAGUCAGGGUCUCUAACUCCCCGUCCAGAAGGGGCAUUUUCUGAAGACCGAGUCUCUCCUUUCAGCACUCCUCCCAGCAGCCCGGAGAAGACACCCACCAAACCUCUGCAGACUGGGAAAAUCUCCCCUAUUCCGCCGUCGCGCCCGCUGACAGAACCCCCAGGCCGACAGGUGCUUGACAGUCGGUCACCAGCGCCGAGUGCCUAUGCGAGAUCGGACGCAAGAGAAAUGGGCUUUACACGGACUCGUCCAGGCCUGGAACCCACGCGUGAUACCAAACCGUUAAUGAUCCAAAUUCCGCCACCGCCCACCGUAUUCCCAGACACCGCUUUGACUGCGUCGCCAUUAUCAGCCCAAAAGCUUCGGGCUGGUGGUAAUAGCCCUCACGAUCGCCCAGGACUUCCACCCAGGCCGAAUCGACGAAGCGGGUUCUCCCCUGCCCCAGAAUUAACGCCACGGGCUGUCAGUCCGGCACAGCGGUCGCCUAUUCCUCGACCUGCGCCUUCGAUUGCCCAUACAAACGAAGGCCAUUCUACACCGCGAAUUCAACGACAGCAAUCUUUACCACGCGAGUCGCGUUUUAUUUCCCAAGAGAGGCGCACGGGGCGGACCGAUACCGAGGAGGAAGAACAGACGACGGACGAGCCGCCUAUCUCGCGAACCGACUAUCCCGAUUCAUCACAAGCAAACCGCCGACCUCCAUUCCUCCAAGUGGGCCCCAAAUCUAUCCUCACGGGGUACGACACCCGAUUGCUCCGGGUAUGUGGCAAGUACGUGUGCACGACAGGCUACUUGACGCGCGUGUGGGAUCUCACAACUGGCGAACAAUUAAUGAGUAUCAGCCAUGGCGAGACCGUCAAAAGUUUGUCUCUGGCAUUUAAGCCGGGUGUAGGGCUUGAAGACGAAGGCCAACGGAUCUGGAUUGGGACCAGCGCCGGAGAUCUGCAGGAGAUUGAUAUCCCAUCACAAUCCAUCGUGGCCACUCGAGCCUAUCCCUCGCGGCGGGAGGUCAUCCAGAUUUUGCGCCACAAGAAGGAGAUGUGGACUUUGGAUGAUGAAGGGCGGCUGCUUGUUUGGCUUCCGGACGAAUCUGGGAUUCCCAGUCUACAGUAUAGCUACCACAGCCCACACGAGCGUGUAGCUCGUGGGCAUACCUUCUCCAUGGUGGUGGAAGAUAAGCUCUGGCUGGCAGCAGGCAAGGACGUGCACGUUUACCGUCCCAACGCUCGCGAGGAUGCCGCGUUCAGGGUCUUUAAGCGGCCACUUGGUCUGCAGAAUUCGGGUGAAGUCACAUCCGGCACUUACACCACCAAGGACGGUGGCAGGGUGUAUUUGGGCCACGCAGACGGAAAAGUGACGGUCUAUUCCGCGACGGACUAUACCUGUCUGGCUGUGGUUAAUGUCAGCGUAUACAAGAUCAAUUGCCUCAGUUAUGUGGGGGAUUAUUUGUGGGCCGGCUAUAAGACUGGCAUGAUCUACGUGUACGAUGUCAGUACUAACCCGUGGACUGUGAAGAAGGAUUGGCGCGCCCACGAUAGCCCCGUAUGCGGUUUCGUGUUGGAUACGAGCAGCGUGUGGACGAUGAAUCGCUUGCAAGUCACUUCCCUCGGAACGGACAAUUGCAUUCGUCUUUGGGAUGGAAUGUUGGAGGAUGACUGGCUAGACGCUCGAAUGCAGAGCAAAGAUGUAGACUUUUGCACUUUCCGAGAAAUCCGCGCUGCCAUUGUGACCUGGAACGCAGGCGCGUCGACCCCAGGCAGCGUUCGCACUUCGGAUUUCAUUCGGGAUGCCGUUCAUCCGGAGGAUCCGCCGGAGAUUAUAGUCUUUGGAUUCCAAGAGCUGGUCGACCUUGAAAACAAGAAGAUCACAGCCAAGAGCCUAUUUCUCGGAAGCAAGAAAAAAGAGCACGGUAAAGAGGAGCAUACGAGUCGCCAGUAUCGGGUGUGGAUCGACCAUUUGACUCGGUGCCUUCAUGAAUGCAUGCCUCUGGAAGAGUCUUAUGUGUUGCUGCACUCGGCGAACAUGAUCGGAUUGUUCACUUGUGUUUUCGUCAAGCACAAGGAGCGCCACAAUGUUAAGAAUAUCAGCGCUUCGGAAAUCAAGCGAGGGAUGGGCGGAUUGCAUGGGAACAAGGGCGCUCUCGUUCUCCGAUUUGUUCUGGAUGACAGCUCGUUGUGUUUUGUAAACUGCCAUUUGGCGGCAGGGCAGACACAGACGGCUCACCGCAAUAACGACAUCGCCGCGAUCCUAGAGGCGGAGUCACUGCCUCCGGAGACCAGCAUCACGGCACGACUCGAUCAGUACGCGAGUGGUGGAGAUGGAUCAAUGAUCAUGGACCACGAGGUGUGCAUUAUCAACGGCGACCUGAACUACCGCAUCGAUGCAAUUCCUCGCAAUACAAUCAUUGAUGCCAUCCGGCAAAACAACCUGCCUAAACUGCUCGAGCGCGACCAGCUGCUGGCAUCUCGACGCAAGAACCCCGGCUUCCGGCUACGCAGCUUCACCGAAGCACCCAUCACGUUUGCACCAACCUACAAGUACGACGUCGGCACGGAUGACUACGACUCAAGCGAGAAGAAACGGUCCCCCGCGUGGUGUGACCGGAUUCUGUACCGGGGUUCUGGCCGAGUAAAGCAGCUUGAGUACCGUCGGCACGAGGUGCGGGCCUCCGAUCACCGGCCUGUCAGCGCGAGCUUCGCAGUCCGGGUCAAGACCGUCCUACCGCAAGAGCGGGCGGCCGCGUGGGAGCUGUGCCAGCAUGAAUUCCAGGACGAAAAGCGACGGCUUGCAUCCGAUGCCAGCAUCGAGUACCUCAUUACCGUACUCGGCACCGACCCCCGACAAGCCCGUGCGCUGAUUCUGGGGAAGGAUCAGAAGUAG